CCUGGGCUGGAGAGCAACGGCGAAAGCGUGCGAGUAGAGCCCCGACAAACCGAAGGCACACCAGAGUGCGAGCCCCACAGCGUCGGAGCCGCGCUGCGCGGGUCCCCUUUACUGGCAGCAGGAGGAAAGCGGCUCGUGUGUUCAGCCAGAAACUCGUCAGCUGGCAUGAGCUAACGCACCAGAAAUGGAGACCAAACCUUUCUUGUCAUUGGGGUUCCUGAAGCCCCAGUGCUCGCUGGCGCCCCCCCCUCCACGAGGUCGCCCAGGGGAUGUCUGCUCCUGCUUCAGCGGCAUGUGUUCCCUACAUCAGCGCAGGCUGUCCACAGACGCGUCGGGCCAGGUGCCGUCUCCGCUCAGCUCGCCCGCGUCCCACCGGGCGAUGCAUCCGCCGCUGCUGAGCCCGUCCUCCAUCGGACCCUCGGGGUCCCUGCAUUCUCCAAUCGGCACCCUCAGCAGUCCCAUGAACGGCCUGGGCUCGCCCUUCUCUGUCAUCAGCUCGUCCAUGGCACCGCAUUCCAUGGCCUCUCCCGGGAUGGGCUACGGACCCAGUGUCAGCCCGCAGCUGAACUCGCCGAUGAACUCCGUCAGCAGCUCCGAGGACAUCAAGCCCCCCGUGGGCUUAAACGGGGUGAUGAAGGUGCAGGCUCCGCCCCCCGGGACCCCCAUGUCUCUCACCAAGCACAUCUGUGCCAUCUGCGGCGACCGCUCCUCGGGUAAACACUACGGCGUGUACAGCUGCGAGGGCUGCAAAGGCUUCUUCAAGCGCACCGUGCGCAAGGACCUGACCUACACCUGCCGAGACAACAAGGACUGCGUCAUCGACAAGCGCCAGCGCAACCGCUGCCAGUACUGCCGCUACCAGAAGUGCCUGGCCAUGGGCAUGAAGAGAGAAGCAUGUGUGCAGAGGGGGCCAUAUUGCGAGAAGGUUUCUGGAGCUGUCCAGGAGGAGAGGCAGCGGGCCAAGGACCGCAACGAGAACGAGGUAGAGUCCACCAGCGGCGCCAACGAGGACAUGCCCGUGGAGAAGAUCCUGGAGGCGGAGCUCGCUGUCGAACCCAAGACCGAGACCUACAUCGAGACCAACCUGGGCGUGCCCUCCAACUCGCCCAACGAUCCCGUCACUAACAUCUGCCAGGCGGCGGAUAAGCAGCUGUUCACACUGGUGGAGUGGGCCAAGAGGAUACCACACUUCUCCCAGCUGCCCCUGGACGACCAGGUUAUCCUACUGCGAGCAGGCUGGAACGAGCUACUGAUCGCCUCCUUCUCGCACCGCUCCAUAGCCGUGAAGGACGGCAUCCUGCUAGCCACGGGACUCCACGUGCAUCGCAACAGCGCCCACAGCGCCGGGGUCGGGGCCAUAUUUGACAGGGUGCUCACUGAGCUGGUGUCUAAGAUGAGAGACAUGCAGAUGGAUAAGAGUGAGCUGGGAUGUCUCCGGGCCAUCGUGCUCUUUAACCCAGACUCCAAAGGCCUGUCAAACCCCGGAGAGGUGGAGGCAUUGCGAGAGAAGGUGUAUGCGUCGCUGGAGGCCUACUGCAAGCAGAAGUACCCCGAGCAGCCUGGGAGGUUUGCUAAGCUGUUACUGAGGCUACCCGCCCUCCGGUCCAUCGGACUCAAGUGUCUGGAGCACCUGUUCUUCUUCAAGCUCAUAGGGGACACGCCCAUUGACACCUUCCUCAUGGAGAUGCUGGAGGCUCCCCAUCAAAUGACGUAAUGACAUCAUGUCCUCCCAUUGUCCCGGGAGACGGGGGCGUUCCCACCGUUCCGUCCUCCCCGACGAGACCGAUCGCGCGACGUUAUUGGCCGGAGUGCAGGGAGGCCGGCAAAGGGGCUCGGUGGGUCCUGCCACCCACUCGGCAUUUCAGAACACGCUCGUGCGGUCUCUUGCUCUGUUUCGUACCGUGUAUAAAGACAUAGAUAAAUAUAUAAAUAUAUAACGAGUGAAAAAGAGAUGACAGCAGACUCAAAGUCAAAAGACAAUAGCGGACACACGUGUAUCGACCCAUGCCCGGUGUGAUGAAAUGUUUAAGGAGGAACGGAGAUACUCCUCAGACAGAAAGGUCUGUCAUGCAUGGGUCCAUGUUAACCACAGGCAGGCACGGACCUCAAUAAAACAGGAGCGCAUUCGCCUUGGUGCUAUUGAGAUUUGCUGCCUCGAGCUCCGGGGCCUGAAAGAGUGUCCGGCUCUCUCAAACAAGAGGGCGGAAGAAACAGCCUUAGGCAUCUGCCCCCUGGGCUGCGACAGCGACCAGGCCAGAGUUGGAUGUGCAGAGAUGAUUGUGAUGACGCAGACAACGAUGACUGUCGCCGAACCGGAGACCUUGUUAGGCUGGAGAAUUACGGAUCUGACUGGCAGCGAUGCCAGGAUGUCAUUGGAAGCCCAGGUUGUCGGUGUUUAGGGAGGUGGCUCAUGAGUUCCAGCACCCCUCUGCUGCAGAUGUGCAGGGCACCGCUGGGGGAGGACGGGGUCAGGCCUGGCCCCUCCUCGUUCCACACAUACACACAGGCGCGCGACGUGGACACAGUACUCGUCCGGUGCAGUAGAGCCCCUUCACUGUUUGAGAGAGGACUCCAGGCUGCAUGGCCACUGAAGCAGGUGGAGUAAGUGGAGAGCCAAGGACCAUGGCCUCGUCUCCCUGGCGACAACCCCACACCCAUUCAACCUCAGAAAUGGCAAUUAGGCUGAACCUCACAGUCAGACUGAGCUUUGGAAUGCCGCAUCAGUCGUACACAACAUUACUGCCAGACUCAGUAUUGGUGUUCUGUUUUUGCAAACAAUGUGCAAUUACCUCCCUUUCAACUCUUUAUGCCACAAACUCCUCAGUCAUCAGUCCCUGACCCCUCCCUGUCCUCGGGAAAACUCCAGACAGUUAGCAGUUCACAGGAUGGAUAUGGGAAUUAUUUUCUUUAGCACUUAACCUCAUGUUCCAGACCCCUAGCAGUCGUCUGAACCUCGUUAAACAGCUUCAGCUAAGCUAAGCUAGUUAACAAAGCUGCGUUUGGGCUGUGUAAGGGAGGGGCGCAGGGACCUGUGAACAUUUGCAACCUGCACUUCUUUGGGCAAACCAAGUGUCAUUUUUAAAAAGGAUUUUUUUUUUUUUUUUUUUUUUUUUGUCUGUGUGUGUUUGUGUGUGAACUGUUUGUUUGUUUUUUAAAUUCCCAUAUUCUUUGUUUAUGUUGUCCCUUUUCCCCUAUGCUGCUGCUGCCUAACUAUGCAUUCAAGCAUUCUUUCCAAAGAGCGGGCCAUGACGAGGUUGUGAUCUUUACCAACUCCUGCACAGCGCACCAACCCGGGCAGCCGUUGCAGGUCACUACUAUAGACCACUUUCCUUGGAUGAUGGACUGUCAGGACCGGAGUUUGGUUGGCUGGUGAUAACGCCAGGCCACAGUAUGCACAGGGAGGGUUUUUUUAACCAGAGGCUUUAGUUCGCAGUGAUAUGCGAAGGAUGUGACCAGUGCAAACAUGAGACGUUGAGGUUAUAAGAGAGCACCCCCUAGUGGAGGACAUGCAGCACUGCAGGAUUACUUGAAGUAUUUAAUCAGAAAAAAGUGGCACUUUUUAUCAAUUUUUUUCCCUCAUACAUAGGAUUCUAGAUGAUUAGCAAUUAAAAUCAUUUGAUCAAUUAAUAUGAUUAAUUGAACAUGAACAGAUGUGAGGACUGUUAUUGCUUUGAAUGGGAAAAGAUAAAUGGUGUUCAAUAUGAAUUGCAUAUUUUGAGAACCAUUUAAAGAGGUUAGUCAGAACGUUUUGGGUAAAUUUUAAUCAAUAUUUAAUCUGGAAAACAUUAGGACUCAGAGGCAGAUUGGUUGAAGUGUUGUAGCCUCAAGCUGGAGGAAAUCUGAACUAGCUUCAACUAGAUUUACUUCUUGGUGUAAUAAACCGCCCACAAUUCAGACAUAUGGGUGAAAGUGGGGUAGCCCUCUGAGAAGAACCCACGGUUUCAUUUCACCUUCAUACUCAUGUGUGGGUAAUUAUUGUUAUUAUUAUUAUUUUUUUUUUUUACUUGAUCAGGUCUCAGAGAUGUGUCAGACCGCAGGGAUCUUCAAGCCAUAUACAGAUUUGUAAAACAAUGAAGAAUUGCUCUCCUGCAGGAAACACGAGUCCUCUGAACUAAAGAUUGACAGGAUGAAUAGCUAAAGGCUUUAUAUAUAACAUAAAGCUAUAUUUUGUCUUUAUGUAUAUAUAUUUCAAAAU